CUCGGUUUACGACAGUGCCGUCAGUCAGGUGGCGCUCUCUCUCUCCCUCUUCGGCGGCCUGGGCAAGAUGGCGGGCGGGAUCCUCUACUCCUACCCGGAGAACUGGCGGGCUUUCAAGGCGCUGAUCGCCGCCCAGUACAGCGGCUCCAAGCUGCGGCUCCACAGCGGGCCCCCGCACUUCACCUUCGGCCAGACCAACAGGAGCGCCGCCUUCCUGCACAAGUUCCCCCUGGGCAAGGUUCCAGCUUUUGAAGGUGAUGAUGGAUUCUGCAUCUUCGAGAGCAAUGCCAUCGCUUACUAUGUUGCGAAUGAUGCCCUCCGAGGGGUGACGAAGGAAGAAGCAGCCCAGGUUCUCCAGUGGGUCAGCUUUGCAGACAGCGACAUCAUCCCCCCAGCCAGCACAUGGGUCUUCCCUACGCUUGGAAUCAUGCAGUACAACAAGCAGGCCACUGAACACUCCAAAGAGGAGGUGAAGAAAGUGCUCGGUAUUCUAAACGAGUACCUGAAGACCCGUACCUUCCUGGUGGGCGAGCGGGUCACCCUGGCUGACAUCACGGUGGUCUGUUCUCUCCUCUGGCUCUAUAAACAGGUUCUGGACCCCUCUUUCCGGCAGCCCUACACCAAUAUGAACCGAUGGUUCAUUACCUGUAUUAACCAACCUCAGUUCAAAGCUGUCCUGGGGGAAGUGAAGUUGUGCGAUAAAAUGGCACAAUUUGACGCCAAGAAGUAUGCCGAAUUGCAGCCCAAGAAGGAGAAGGCACCGAAGGAACUGAAAGAACCGAAGCCACACGAGAAGAAGGAGAAGAAGAAAGAGGAGCCAGCCCCAGAGGAGGAGCAGGAUGCCUGUGAUGAGGCCCUGGCUUCCCAGCCCAAAGCCAAGGAUCCCUUUGCUCAUCUACCCAAGAGUCCGUUUAUCCUGGAUGAGUUUAAACGCAAAUACUCAAACGAGGACACUUUAUCUGUUGCCUUGCCACACUUCUGGGAGCAUUUUGACAAGGAAGGCUGGUCCAUCUGGUAUGGCGAGUACAAAUAUCCAGCUGAACUCACCCUUGCCUUCAUGAGUUGUAACCUGAUUUCGGGUAUGUUUCAACGGCUGGACAAGCUGCGCAAGAACGCCUUCGCCAGCGUGAUUUUGUUUGGAGGGAACAACGAUAGCAGCAUCUCUGGAAUCUGGGUGUUCCGUGGCCAAGAGCUGGCCUUCCCGAUGUCUCCUGACUGGCAAGUGGAUUACGAGUCGUACAGCUGGCGGAAGCUGGAUGUUGACAGCGAGGAGUGCCGGACGAUGGUGAAGGAAUACUUUGCGUGGGAGGGGGAAUUCAAGCAUGUGGGCAAACCGUUCAACCAGGGGAAAAUCUUCAAGUGAGCAAUAGACUCUGUGCCAGUUGAGCACUGCCAGUCCCUUCGCCAGGCUGCUGUUCCCACCCAGUGCACGUGGCAAUGUCACCAGCUGCUAUUUUUAAAACACAGAUGCAGAAUAAAAAGAAACUUAUUCCAUC